AUGCUGCAAAGGUCCCGCGAGAGAGGAGUCCGGCUCAACCCCGAGAAGAGCACAGUCGGCGCUACAGAGAAUGUGAAAGACUUGAUCACGAGAGAACCAGGACCAAUCCUUGCCUACUACGACCCCGACAAAGAGCUCAGACUCCAAGUGGACGCGUCGAAGUAUGGACUAGGUGCAGUGCUACUGCAAGAAGGAAAGCCCAUCGGCUACGCUUCCAAAUCUCUCACAGACUGUGAAAUCAACUACGCUCAAAUUGAAAAGGAGCUCUACGCCAUUCUGUUCGGAUACCAACCCUGGCAGGUCGUGGCAACCGAUCUGUUCACCUGGAACAACGAGGACUACAUCGUAACAGUGGACUACUACAGCAGAUACUUCGAACUCGACAAGCUUCACAGCACCACAUCUGCAGCUGUGAUACACAAGCUGAAAGCAGCCUUUGCCAGGCAUGGCAUUGCCACAUUAAAUGAUCGCUCCUCCAUCCAAAAGCCUCAUCUCUUCUUCCUCCCAGAUGUCCCCAGCAUUCCUUUUUUCCCACGUGACGCCCAUCGACAUGACAUUGAGGUCUUGGAGGCCAACUAUCCCAUAAUCCUCGCAGAGUUUCAGGCGGUCUACCAGAGAGGCAUUGAUCCAAAGAUUGGCUGGACCGGCCUGGGACCUAAGGGCCAAGCUGUGUUCCCCUUGUACAGCGCAGGCGUGUGUGUAGCAAGGAACUGCCGCUCCUGUCCCUGCACCUACCGCACUCUUCUCUCCUUGCGCACCUUCAUAAGUAGCAACUCCCUGGGGUCAGCCGGGUUCUGGCUGCUAGGGCCUGGGGCCACACUAGGGGGAGUGUAUGGCCCCACCAAUACUCGCCUACGCUGCCACCUCGGAGUGCAGACCCCGCCUCAGUGUGAGCUGGUAGUGGGAGGAGAGCCUCAGUGCUGGUCAGAGGGACACUGCCUCCUGGUGGAUGACUCCUUCCUGCACACUGUCUCCCAUAAUGGGGUGGCAGAGGACGGGCCACGGGUGAUUUUCAGUGUGGACCUCUGGCAUCCAAAUGUGGCUGCAGCAGAAAGACAGGCCCUGGACUACAUUUUCUGCCCUGACCAAUGA